AUGCAGAAGUUCUCUAGGCUUGGCCGCUUGGGCCAGAGCCUUGCUUCGCGCAGGCAAUUGGCUACUGUCAGCGAUGCUGCUCUCUCCCGCAAGGUCGAAAUGACAAACUGGGAGAAAGGCCACUACAUCAACUACAAGCAGAUGAACGACAACCUCAACAUUGUCCGCUCGCGAUUGAACCGCCCCCUCACUUUUGCCGAGAAGAUUCUCUACUCCCACUUGGACGACCCCCACGGUCAAGAGAUUGAGCGCGGCUCCAGCUACCUCAAGCUCCGUCCCGACCGUGUAGCUUGCCAGGAUGCCACUGCUCAAAUGGCUAUUCUCCAAUUCAUGUCAGCUGGUCUGCCUUCGGUUGCUACUCCCACUACCGUCCACUGCGACCAUCUCAUCGAGGCUCAGGUCGGUGGUGAGAAGGAUUUGGCCCGCGCCAACGAGAUCAACAAAGAGGUCUACAACUUCUUGUCGACUUCUUGCGCAAAGUACAACAUUGGUUUCUGGAAGCCCGGCUCUGGUAUCAUUCACCAGAUUGUGCUUGAGAAUUACGCUUUCCCUGGUGCUCUCCUCAUCGGUACUGACUCGCACACUCCCAACGCUGGUGGUCUCGGUAUGGCUGCUAUUGGUGUCGGUGGUGCUGAUGCCGUCGAUGUCAUGGCUGGUCUCCCCUGGGAGCUCAAGGCUCCCAAGGUUAUUGGUGUUAAGCUGACCGGAAAGCUGUCCGGCUGGACUGCUCCCAAGGACAUCAUUCUCAAGGUCGCCGGUAUCCUCACUGUUAAGGGUGGAACUGGUGCUAUCGUCGAAUACCACGGACCCGGUACCGAGAGCUUGUCCUGCACCGGCAUGGCCACCAUCUGCAACAUGGGUGCUGAGAUUGGUGCCACCACCUCAGUCUUCCCCUUCAACGACCGCAUGUACGACUACCUCGCUGCGACCAAGCGUCGCGACAUUGGUGAUUUCUCCCGCGAAUAUGCUUCCCAGCUCCGCGAGGAUGAGGGUGCCCAGUACGACGAGCUCAUUGAGAUCAACCUUGACGAGCUCGAGCCCCACAUCAACGGUCCCUUCACCCCCGAUCUGGCUACACCCAUCAGCAAGUUUAAGGAGGCUGUCAAGGCCAACAACUGGCCUGAGGAGCUCAAGGUCGGUCUUAUCGGCUCUUGCACAAACUCCUCAUACGAGGACAUGAGCCGUGCUGCCUCCAUCGCUGAGGAUGCCAUGGCUCACGGUGUCAAGGCCAAGUCCCUUUUCACCGUCACCCCCGGUUCCGAACAGAUCAGGGCUACCAUUGCUCGUGAUGGUCAGCUCAAGACCUUUGAGGAGUUUGGUGGCAUGGUCCUCGCAAACGCUUGCGGUCCAGUCACCUUGGAUGAUGGUCAAGACGAAAAUGCACUAGCAACUGGGUCCACCACCAACCUCAACGAUGCCCCGGAUGCCAUCAUGCCAUAUGAUGGCCGCUGCAUGCCCAUCGAUCGGGACAUCGUUGACGACUACGACACCCCAACGACAAGCUCUGCCAUGGGUACCGAUGAUGGUACGUCGGACUCUACGGCCCCAUACGGUACCCGCGACGCGCCCAUUAAUCUGGACGUUCAUGACUAUAACACACCAACGGCUGGCUACUCCUUCGGUUUCGAUGGUGUGUCGGACUUCACGCUCAUGGAUGACCUCGCUUCUACCAUGGCUUCUCCAUUGACUUGUGGUGCUUCAGAUGUUGAUGGGCAGUGGGAUCGCAAAGAUGUAAAGAAGGGCCAAGCCAACUCCAUCAUCUCGUCCUACAACCGUAACUUCACAGGACGUAACGACGCCAACCCCGCCACCCACUCCUUCGUCACUUCGCCUGACCUCGUCGUCGCUAUGACCAUCGCCGGAACCUUGAACUUCAACCCACUUACAGAUGAGCUGACCGGAGCCGACGGCAAGAAGUUCAAGCUCAAGGAGCCCACCGGUGCCGGUCUUCCUGCCAACGGCUACGACCCCGGUCAAGACACCUACCAGGCUCCCCCCGAGGACCGUGCUUCCGUCUCCGUCGCUGUCUCCCCUACCUCGGACCGCCUCCAGCUUCUGUCUCCUUUCUCCGCCUGGGACGGUAAAGAUGCAAAGAACCUCCCCAUCCUUAUCAAGUGCCAGGGAAAGACUACCACUGACCACAUCUCCAUGGCCGGUCCCUGGUUGAAGUACCGUGGACACUUGGACAACAUUUCCAACAACAUGUUGAUUGGUGCUAUCAACGCUGAGAACGGCGAGGCCAACAAGGUCAAGAACGCUCUCAACGGUGAAUACGGUGCCGUUCCCGACGUUGCCCGUGACUACAAGAAGAACGGCGUCCCGUGGGUUGUCAUUGGUGACUGGAACUAUGGCGAGGGUUCUUCCCGUGAGCACGCUGCGCUUGAGCCCAGGCACUUGGGUGGCGCUGCCAUCAUUACCCGUUCCUUCGCCCGUAUCCAUGAGACCAACUUGAAGAAGCAGGGUAUGCUUCCUCUUACCUUCUCCGACCCGGCCGACUACGACAAGAUUGGCCCCAACGACAGGGUUGACUUGGCUUCCACCGAGCUUGCUCCCGGAAAGCCCUUGACCAUGACUGUUCACCCUGCCGAUGGCAGCAAGGAAUUCCAAAUCAAGCUCUCGCACACCUUCAACGAGGGCCAAAUUGAGUGGUUCAAGAACGGUAGCGCUCUUAACACCAUGGCCAAGAACGCCAAGCAGUAAAUGCUUAGGAGAUUAGGGCGAACAAAAAGAUUACAGUUGGGGAUGUAUAUAGAGUACGACAGAAUACCCCGCGUGAGUGGAUCAGACGAAUGAAGAAGGGCUGGACGCUUGUGGAAGAUGUAGUAGUGGACCUCACGUAAAAGGUUCACCAGGCUCGAUCUGAUUGGGUUUGCUUGUAUUAUUGACGGUUAGCAUGCAAUGUAUGAAUGAUUUCUCGUUAGA